AUGUCUGCCCGCCAGCAGCAAAUGGGCCGACCAGGUGGUGCCCGCUUCGCUCAGUUCAAGCUCGUCCUUUUGGGCGAAUCCGCCGUCGGAAAGAGUUCGCUCGUCCUCCGUUUCGUCAAGGACCAGUUUGACGACUACCGAGAAUCCACCAUCGGCGCCGCCUUCCUCACUCAAACAAUCGCCCUCGAUGACACAACCACCGUCAAGUUCGAGAUUUGGGAUACCGCAGGUCAAGAACGCUACAAGUCUCUGGCCCCCAUGUACUACCGCAACGCCAACUGCGCUGUUGUAGUUUACGACAUUACUCAAGCCGUACGAUCGUCCUCGACCAUCCGCCCGCAAGACAUCGCUAACACAACCUACACAGNNGCAUCCCUGGACAAGGCAAAGGCUUGGGUCAAGGAGCUCCAACGUCAAGCCAACGAGAAUAUCAUUAUCGCUCUUGCCGGCAACAAGCUCGAUCUGGUCACCGAAGAGCCUGACAAACGCGCUGUUUCCACCGCCGAUGCCGAACAAUACGCCCAAGAAGCCGGUCUGCUCUUCUUCGAGACUUCGGCAAAGACGGCCGAGAACGUCAAGGAACUCUUCACCGCCAUUGCAAAGAAACUCCCUAUCGAGCAAGCCACUCAGAGAGGCAUGCGCGGUGCUCCCAGACCUGGUGUCGACCUCCGACCUGAGGCUUCCGGUACACAGGCUGGCCAGGGCUGCCAAUGUUAA